UAGAGAAGUCUAGGAUGUUGGAGUGGGAAGCUGUGGGUUUUGUCUUCCCACCAUUUAUUUGUCCUACUUUUGAUAGCAAUGCCUUUAUAUUUGGGGGGGGAACCACUUCUCCUAAAUGCUCAGUGCAUGCUUCUUGUGGGGCUGACCCCAGCCUAUCUCCAGGAAUGGGGUAAUGAUCCUGGCCUGGCCAGUGAAACUCAGUACUAGGAAGUUUACUAGGACUACUGAGAAAGAGAAACUUUCUUUGCCCAGGAAUUGUUGACCAAGUAGACUAUAAACCUGGAGCUGCAGGCAGUCAUCUUGCCACCACAAAGGAAGUGUGUGCCUGAUGCCUGGCAGGAGAGCCCAGAAACAGAGACCUGAUGAGCAUGGAAAUCACUUGAGCACCUGAUUCCACCUGUACCUGAAGGUGCCUGGCUACGGCAAACCAUGCGGUGAGCCAUGCCCCGCCCUGGACACCCCCGCCCAUCAUCUGGGCCCCCACGCUUGGGACCCUGGGAGCGGCCAACGGAGCUAUGCCUGGAGACAUAUGAUGAGCCAUCCCGGGCCCCACCGAGCCGCCGCACCCGUAGGCCAGACCCCAAGGACCCCGGCCACCAUGGACCCGAGAGCCUUACCUUCAUCUCUGGCUCUGCUGAGCAGGCUGCUGAGCCCCCAGCCUGCUGCCUGCUCUGGCGACCCUGGGUGUGGGACUGGUGCCGGGCUGCCUUCUGCUUCCGCCGCUGCCGGGAUUGCCUCCAGCGCUGUGGAACCUGUGUGCGGGGCUGCAGCCCCUGCUUGUCCGCUGGGGACGCCCCUGAAGGGGAUGCUGAAGCCAACUGGGUCAAGGAGCACAACGGAGUGCCCCCCAGCCCUGACCGUGCCCCUCCCAGCCGGCGGGAUGGCCAGCGGCUCAAGUCGGCCAUGGGUAGCAGCUUCAGCUACCCUGACGUCAAGCUCAAAGGCAUUCCUGUGUAUCCCUACCGCAGCACCACCUCCCCAGCCCCGGACGCGGACUCCUGCUGCAAGGAGCCACUGGCCGACCCCCCACCCAUGCGGCAUAGCCUGCCCAGCACCCUUGCCAGCAGUCCCCGAGGCUCGGAGGAGUACUACUCCUUCCACGAGUCAGACCUGGACCUGCCCGAGAUAGGCAGUGGCUCCAUGUCCAGCCGAGAGAUCGAUGUGCUCAUCUUCAAGAAGCUGACAGAGCUGUUCAGUGUACACCAGAUCGACGAGCUGGCCAAGUGCACUUCAGACACUGUGUUCCUGGAGAAGACCAGUAAGAUAUCGGACCUUAUCAGCAGCAUCACCCAGGACUACCACCUGGAUGAGCAGGACGCUGAGGGCCGCCUGGUGCGUGGCAUCAUUCGCAUCAGUACCCGAAAGAGCCGUGCCCGCCCGCAGACCGCAGAGGGGCGCUCAACCAGGGUGGCUGCCUCUGCUGCCCCUGCCCCUGACAGUGGCCAUGAGACCAUGGUGGGCUCAGGGCUCAGCCAGGAUGAACUCACAGUGCAGAUCUCCCAGGAGACGACCGCAGAUGCCAUCGCCAGGAAGCUGAGGCCUUAUGGAACCCCAGGAUACCAAGCCAGCCGCGACUCAUCCUUCCAGGGCACCGACACAGACUCUUCAGGGGCACCCCUGCUGCAGGUCUACUGCUAACCCGCACUGGGCCCAGGGGCCACGACCCCUUCUGAGAGAAGCACCUCUACUGCAUGAAGAGAGGGACCAGAAUCCUCUUUGUGGGAGGGAGGCCAUGAGCCCAGAAGCAGUGCCUACUCUGGCUCCUCCUGCCUUGGCUGACUGGUUCCUGGACCACAUGCAUUUCACUGGGCCACGGUGCCCACAUGCCCCGGGUCCUCCGCUGGCUUGACCCCUGCCUGGGCCUGUUCCUUCCUGCCCAGUCUUCAGGAAGCCUAGGUCAUGGAAAGCAAGACUGAGGGGUUAACUUCUGGAACUGAAUCCUGACUCUGCCCCCAUAACAUGCUCCCCCUGUAACAUACACCCCAUAACCAAUCAUGCAAACCUCCCCCUCCCCAGGACAGCGGGGAGGGAGGCUAACAGCUAAAAGAAGCUUGUCUUAAGUGGAUUGGGUUUGCAGGCAGGCAGGGCCUCCGGAAUUCUGUGGGCAGUGCCCAAUCCGUGUUACGUUCUGUUGAGCAGUUAGGUUCUCGGCUAAUGUUCUACAUGCUAACAUGACUGUAGUACAAAACGUAAUAGACAUCUGUCUGCUCA